AUGAUAAAAGCAACUUUGCUAAAGGUCUGCGGAAAACAACAUUUUCCUCUAAGAAGCAUGUUUCACAAUGUAUUUGUGUAUGGCACGCUAAAGAAACAAGAACCUAACCACCACUGGAUAAGUGAUCCUAAAAAUGGGCAAAGCAAAUUUAUAGCUGUUGGAAGGACAAGUACUAAAUACCCCUUAAUUAUUGCCACUAAAUAUAAUAUACCAUUUGUAUUGUUUAAACCAGGAGUUGGUUAUCACAUUGAAGGUGAAGUGUAUGAAGUUGACAAUAAGAUGCUUGGCCAAUUAGAUAUACUUGAAGAUCAUCCUAACUACUACAUAAGAGAAAUUGACAAUAUUGACAUAAAAAAAGAUUAUUCCAAUGAGAAAGAAACAAUAAGAUGUUGGAUUUACUUCUUGAAGAAUUUCAAAGAAGAAUUGUUAUCUAAGCCAAUGCUAGAAAAUUACUCAUCCAAGGGAAGUCAUGGAAUGCCAUACAUGGAAAGCAAUAAUGAGUCUACAGUAGAUGACCUCAAUGAUGAUAAUCAAGUCAAGGGAAAUAAA